CCCCUGAAACCCGCCAUUCCAGGGGGAGGAACGCCAUCAUUACCUUACUGGCUUCCCCUCCUCUCUCAUCGUUUCGUCUGCUUCCCGUUCUCUCGGCCAUCACCCGUAAAUCCCCUAAUCACCCGCUUCAUCCUCCCAUUUCUUUCUCGCCAUCCUGAGGAGGGAGUGGGGUUUGUUGGCUCCUUCAAAAUCCAUACUGGGAGGUUUCGGAAGCAGAGGGUUUUAUGCCUUGGGUUCCUGGCCUCCUGGGUGUGUGUCGGUUCUUCUUCUUGGAGGAUUUGUAUCAGUCUGAGUUCCUGAGGUUGGGCGGUUCUUGGAGAUAAACUUGGCUAGGCUAAAAUGAACAAUGUGUGUGAAGUGUGUGGAGAUAUUGGCUUCAAACAUCUUCUUUUGUGUUGCAUCGACUGCAAGAGGGCUUCCACACACCAAUAUUGUUUGGACAAAGUUCUAUAUGAUGCAUCAUUAGUAGACUGGGUGUGCGAUGAAUGCCAUCAAAGGCAUACUGAAGGUUCUUACAGCAGGUCUCUAGGGAAGGUGUCAAGUGAAAGGUCACCAAAUCACACCCACUUUGGCUCUACAUCACAGCAACCAAUUACCAAUAGAGUGGAGUCAGCUAGAGUUUUUGGUUCAUGGGGACAACGAAAAAGUAAGUCCUACACAGCUAAAAGUGCAUAUCUGAAGAAAAUCAAUUCUUCUGAGAUGAAUUCUUUGCGCAAGAAGGGCAUUAGAAAUAAAUCAAAUAUGAGAGGCAUGAGCAUCAAGAGAAGAGGAUGCAGGGAUGCAAGUACUGCCUGCACCGGUGGGAAGGCAUCACAUUCUUGUGAGAGCAUCAGGGCAGAAACAACUGAGAACAAGGAUGGGAAUUGGCAGGUUGCCAAUGAAAACUCUGUUCAAACUUUGAAGUUGAACAAUGAUGUUGGUUCAAAUCAUUUGACACCAGGAUUAAAACAAAUCAAUCACCUAAAACAACAUGAUGAGAGAUCAAAGUGCAUGAAGGAAAUGAAAAUUGUUGCUUCAACAUUGAAUAAUUCCAAUGAAUCAGAGCCUUCUAAUAUGAAUGAAUGCUCUGUUACUCAUGAAGUUAAUUCGAAGGCAGGAAAUAAACCAUCAGAUGAACUCUUGGUCCAUCAAGUUGAGGAUAGACGAGGGGAAUUGACUAUUGCUUCACCUCAGAACACAUCAAGAGGUGAUGUCCAUUUUACUCGUCGUUAUCCGAAUAAGCAAAAUAACUGUCUGCCAUCUAUGCGCAUUGAAAGUGAUAAUCUGAAGAAAAACCACAGUGGGCCAUCAAAGCUAUUGGAUAAGGAUAAUUCAUGUUCAUCUUUAGAGAUCUCUUCAAAAGCAAUUGUUAUUAAGGCUAGUGGUACAGAAGUAGAGAUUUCCGAUACUCUUGAAAACUUUGGCAAGGUCACCCCAAGAAAGCGACGGCGACUCAUUCUCAAUGAUGAUGAUGAAGUUGAGGAAAAGAAGGCUGAAGAUGCGCGGAAUGAAAAUGCCAAUCCUCAGCCUCCUAAGUGUGAUGAACCAAUGACAAAGCAUAGGGUAAACACUGAAUAUUGUGUGGAGGAGGCUGCACGGACUGGUGAAUUAAAUGAUCAAAAUCUUAUGAAUGUUACGCCUGUGAAGAGAAGGAGAAGAUACAUAGCUCAAAACGAAGAUGAAGAGGAUAUUUUAUGUUCUGCAAAUGCUGAGUGUGCUCUGAAUGAGGCUACAAAUCGGUCUCUAAAUGAUGGUGCAAAUUUGGUGCCACAAACUUCUGUUGCAACAGAUCAUUCCCAACAAUGCAGACCAUCUCGUUCAGAAUCUGACGAUCAACAAUAUUACAUUUACUCGCAAGCCCUUGAUGAGCCUGUUUGGAGUGGAGUCUUUAAGAUAGACACUGAAGUGCUUAUGUUGGAUGCCCACUUGUCCACGAAAGCAUGUCAGAGAGUAAGGGAUCUGUCAACAUCGUUACAACCAGUAGUUGAAUUAAACAAGCUCCCACGGUCACAAGCCUGGCCAAAGAGUUGGAACUCUUUUGGACCUACUGAUGACAACAUCGGGUUGUUUUUCUUCCCACAUAGUUUGAGGCAAAAUGAAGUGGCAAACAGACUAGUUAACAACUUGAUCAAUAGUGAUUGUGCCUUAAAAGUUACAGUUGGUAUCGCGGAGCUACUAAUCUUCCCCUCUUCUUUAUUGCCGGAACAAUACCACUUUUUCCAGGGGAAUCACUACCUAUGGGGAGUGUUUAGGCAAAAGAAAGAUAUGGCUGAUGAAACUGUCCUAGUCAAAGAGCAAUAUGGUUCAGUGAAACAUGCCAUAGAGCAAGGGCAACAACAAGAACAAGAUCUUUUGGACCAGCAAGAUGAAGCAUUGUAUGAGUCAUCAGACCAAGAAACUUUUGCUGUGAAGCAUGUUGUGCAUAUUGAGAAUCAGCUACUGGUGGAGUUCGACCAUGAGGCGAAAAAGGAGGUUGUGGAAGCUGCCACAAGAGAAGGCACUAACUCACCUGGCAGGAAUUGGUCCUCCGCUAAGACGUAUUCUGCAAAAGUUGGAUCAAACUGCUCUGUGGAGCCAAGAGAUGAUAGUAAAUUGGAUGCGCUUGGAGACUUGGACCAGCAAGAAGGGUUCACCCCUUUGCCUGAGUCGAAUGCCUCAAGUGUUACUGAACAAUCAAGUAACUCUGGACAUGCUACAGCUAGUACCAAACUGAUCAAACCUGUUGAGCACGGUCAUGGACAACCCCACUCAGGUUCAGAACCGUCGACAAGAAAGCUGUUUGGAUUUGUCACUGCACAGACACCAAGAUCUCAGCAACUAAUCCAGGAGAUGGUCAGUGAAGGUGCACUGGUGUUCCCAGUGGCAGAGAUUGUGACUAAUGAUUCCAUCACAGGCCACAGCACUGGAGUUAUAUCUUCUGGAAUGAACCCUGUCAUUGAGCGUCCACAUCUGCUGCGUGAUCCCCCUCAGGCCUUUGACUUCAUAUCCAUGGGACACGGUCCGCCUGGUGCAGAUUCUGAAGCCUGCCUGGAUCUGUUCCCGGUGCAACGGGAACAUAUUGGAUUGGCUCCCAGGGUGCAAGUUAGCAGGGAAGUGGACCUCGACCUGAACCUUGGCAAGGGGUCGCAAGCACCCUCCGUGCCACCGCUGCUCUGAAGCUCACUGCAGAGUUUCUGCUGUACAGGACUCCUGGUCGAGCUCGAUUUUGUUCAGAAUCGUAAUGGUCGUUGCUUCUUUAGGUUGCUGCCAGCGCCUGUAAGUUUUGUAAAGCAGUGCAAGUGUUUUCCUUGUGAUGAGUUAGUUCUUUUUUUUUUUGUGAUGUGGAUCCUAGAAAGUAGGGGUAGUACUGAAGAGCUAACCAGAAUGUUGUUGGCAAAGGGCGUUCAUUGGUAUAUUUGCAUUCAGAGCCUGUAACUAGGUCAAUUCUGUUUGUUGUAUGCCCUUUUCGGAUGACAGGAUGUAGGGUUUGAGCUUGAGCGAAAGGUUUGUUAACUUUGUAUGGAGAGGUUGAUGCGUUUGAUUA